UAACUUUUUUCAACAUCACUCCGCAAACGGUGUUUUAAUCAAUAUCACAAGUUUUAUUUAAAAGAAUACCUUUGAGUUCAAAACAAUCUAGUGCUCCAGAAGACUCAGACUUCAGUCAGCAAUGCUUAGAAAACUUUUUCUAGAUUUGAUUAUGUUUAGAAUGAUUGCCUAUUUUCAGAACAUUCCCGUUCGCGGAUCUGCUGCAGUCGUGCCACCAGAAUUCGUUACAAUAGGUGCUGUAUUUUCUGAUAGCCUUCAAACCGACUACGAGGAAGCCUUCAGACUCGCUAUCGACACAAUAAGCCGUGACAAGUCAAUAUUACCAAGCACGGAACUCAGAGUGAUCGUUAACAAGACAGCAACACUGAAUGCUUUCAAAAACAUCGAGAUGGUGCAAUAUCUUAUCAAGAAAGGAGUGGUUGCCAUAGUUGGACCACUGACGUCAACAGGUGUAAAAUUUACACAACCAUACUGCGCUGGAUUUCACAUCCCACAGCUUGCUCCAGUGGCGACUGACCCAACAUUUUCAUUUACACCAGCUAACUUUCCAUUUCUUGUUCGCCUCAGUCCGAGCGAUACGAUUCAGUGUCAGGCCUUGGCAGGACUUAUUUCUUACUAUAACUGGUCUCAAAUAUCUUUGUUGACAUCUAAGGACGAUUACGGCAUUAAUGGCCUUUUAGCCUUAAAAGACAUCGCAAAUAAAAAAGGAUGGAAAAUCACAGCAAACGAACAUUUUGAUGCCGUCAGUGACUACGGUUCCCUUGAUGUGGGUCCACAGCUAGAAGCGAUAAGAAAAACGCACACCCGGAUUGUUGUUUUGAACACAAUGGCACGGUACACAGUUGUUAUACUAACACAAGCUUUUCAAAUCGGAAUGCUGAAAGACUGGGUGUGGAUCGUCACUGAUGGCUCAACGAAUACAGACUGGAGCUUAGUCCCUGGUGACUAUCCACUCCAUGAAUUUUAUGGUGUUAUCGGAACCAGGCCUUCAUCUGGCUCUGGUAAACUAUACGCAGAGUUUUCUCGCGUGUGGAAAUCGAGAGGCCACACUGCAGUCAGUAUACCAGGAGGUAAGAGCUAUGACGCAGCACUUGUGGUAGGAGCAGCUUUGAGUAAAAUGAUAAAGGACGGAUUUGAUGUCAAGGAGGCCUCGCUUGAAUUCGAUUUUGAAGGAGGAAUCUCUACCCGGCCUUGGCCUCCAGGUCAAAGACUAAUGGACUAUAUUAAGAAUAUUUCCACUGAUGGCUUGAUGACAUCUUUGUCAUUUGAUGAGAAUGGCUCACCUGCUUAUGCAGAGUAUGAUAUCGUUAACCUGGGAAGGACUGGUUUUAUUCAGGUUGGACAUUGGAACUCUAGAGACGGGAUUGUAAUGAAUCCUCGACAACCUGUGAUAUGGCUUUCUGGUUCUAUUAAUGUUCCCAAGGACACGUCAACUGUAGUAGAGAACACAACUAUAAGGGUUGUUACCGUCAUCGAGAAGCCAUUUGUCUUUGUAAAGAAAUCCAGUACUGGAGAAAAAACAUAUACGGGUUUGUGCAUUGACCUACUGGAUAAAUUAAAGGAAAAGAUGAAGUUCAGAUACACUAUAGAAGAAUCACCUGAUAAUGUGUAUGGAGCUCCUGAUAUAUUUACCGGCGAAUGGAGUGGGAUGGUUAGGAAGCUCAUUGACAACAAAGCUGAUCUCGCCAUAGGUCCGUUCACGAUAAGCUCGAGCAGACAAACCGUAAUAGAUUUUACUCAGCCCUUUAUGGACGUCGGCCUAUCGAUUAUUAUGAGGAAAGAGGAGGACAGUGAAUAUAAAGUGUUUUCAUUCCUCCGUCCAUUUGACUUUAAUCUAUGGUUGGCUAUAGUAUCCACCACCUUGGGAGUUGGUGUGUUUCUGUGGGUCCAUAGUACAUUUAGUCCAUAUGGUUAUCACGGGCGAGUCGCGCAGGCCAGAGAUACAAGGUCUGUUUCUAAAGAUGAAAUCAAAGCUAAGGAUCACCUGCGGUUUUUCAACGCAAUUUGGUCUUCGUUCGCUUAUUACGUCAGUCAAGGCCCGGAUGUUUUACAUCCCGUGUCGCUUUCUGGAAGAAUGGCAGUCGGAGUUUGGUGGUUUGCAGUCCUUAUAAUUGGGGCUACAUACACAGCGAAUCUUGCAUCGUUCUUGAUAGUUCAACGGUUUCAAACUCCAAUCCAGUCCGUGGAGGACUUAGCUCGCCAAACCAAGAUCGAGUACGGAAUUCCUGGAAGGGGUCAGACCCAAACGUACUUUCAGACGUCGAGCAUUCCCACAUACGUUACGAUGUGGGAAUUCAUGAAGUCCAGUGAAACCAUUCUCAGAAAUUCCUCUGAGGGAAUUAAAAGAGUUCGAGGAGGGAACUUUGCAUUUAUCUUUGAUUCUGCCGUGCUUGAAUACCACGUUCAUCAGCCACCGUGCAAUACACUUUAUAUGGUGGGAAGGGUAUUUGGUAAAUUUGGUUACGGCUUUGGCCUAGCAAAAAACUCCCCUUUCACGCAUCAAUUUAGCAUCAAUGUGUUGGAACUUAGACAAAAGGGAUACAUGGAGACAAUGAAGAGCAAAUGGCUCGUUGGGACUUGUGAAAAUGACGAAUCAAACACAGACACCUCCUCCUCGAUAAAUACAUCAGGGGAUGUGCUGACGUUCACAGAUCUAUCAGGCGUAUUUUACUGUGUGUUGUUUGGGAUGGCCUGCAGUCUUCUUGUCCUACUUGUGGAACUUUUUGUCGAAGCCCAUAAGGAUACGAAACAAAACAAGAGGGAGGCCCGAGUUGAGGCACUGAAAAGACGCGUAUGGGCCUCCUGGCGAGCAUACCAAGGACCAGGUCGGGCCAUUCCUUCUUCAGUUGACCCUGAAGAUGCCUCCCAAAGUUUCCAGACAAAAGAUUAUUCCAACUUAGCCCCAAGGAAAGAUUCUGCACUUAAGACUGAGGACCUUGCAAAGAAGAACAACGGAGAACUCAAUGGCUUCACCAACAGAUUCAAAGGGAAAAAAAUCAAACCACCCACCUCACCAUGCCAUAGGAGAAGUUCUUUAGUGUAGCUUAUAAAAACAGACCUUUUUACUCGAGGGCGUAGACAGCAUAAACACUGUUUCGCCAAGAUUGUCUUGUACAGCGUAGCUGAUUGAAGAAGCGUUCAUGUUAUGUUCCAUAAGUUAGACACCUUUAUCUCAUUUAAAAAUAGAUAAUUAGAGGGUCAAAACUAAUGACUGGGCAAAAGUAGCACUUUAUAAGUGCUUAACAACAAACAAACGAUGAAACAAACCUUCGAACAAAAGCAGACAACCAAACAAUAACAGGAACAUUAUAGUCUGGCUGGACAUUGUUCAAUGCAUUUACUCCAUGUAUAACAUCUUGUAAAAUUACUAUGCGCUAAUCGGACUUUUACUUCAAAAGAGUAUGAUAAACAGCAAAAUAAAAUAGCAUAAAAAGAUGCCCACGGGUGAAGGUAAAAAUAACUUGAUUCCAACUACAAAAGGAGAUCCUA